AUGAAAGACCCCAAAUCACAGAAGUUUAAAGAAACUGCAGAUAAAAUUGUUGCUGAGCUGGAUACUGUUUUUAAAGAGAACCCCACCUACACCGGCUCUACAGUGCUGGCCCUCCUGCCAAGCACCGAUGUCUUGAUAAGGUCUGGCCAGGUCGUCACUGCAUCUGUAGAGAUCAACUUCUCAGCCAGUUCUCAGAUCAGAUCAGAUGAAGUUUUAAAGGAGAUUGAAGACUAUAGUUGUACAGACUGUGUACUGGAUGGGGCAACCUUUAAAGAGAAAGACUUGUGUUCUCUGGAUCCUUGUGAUAGACAAUCCACACAGUGCAAAUCAGGCAAUGGAUCAUUCAGCUGUACCUGUAUGGAGGGCUACAUUUGGACAAACUACAGUAUCAGAAUAUGCGUUCCUGCUUGUCCCGAUGGGGAAGAAUUAAAGGGUGACAAGUGUAAGAAGUGUGCGUUUGGCUACUCUGGUUUGAACUGCAGUGACAACUGGAAGCUCAUUCUGGUAAUCGUGGGCUCUGUGCUUGGUGGACUGCUGCUCAUAGCCUUCAUCCUUCUGCCAGUUGUAGCUACCCUAACUUCAAAGAAGAGCUCCAAGAAGAACAAAGAUGCAGACAUGGAGAAACCAAAUCAGGCAUCUUUCAAUAUCCCAUUGGCUACCAGCAGGUUCGGCAACAACCAGGCCGGGCCAUUCAGUGGAUUAGCCAAUGGCCAGGCAGGUUCUUCCAAUACUGGAAUGCCUAAAUUCCCGCGAGCUACCACCAACAGUUGGGACAGCAGGACCAAACUGGAGAUGACACCAACCAACAACCGACGCAACUUUGGCCCUAUGGACAGGAGCUCGCGGAUAUACAAUGACCCCUAUGAUGUAAACCCAUACUCUCGACCCCAGAACAACCCCUACGCCAUAAACCGUUCCAAGACCAACCCAUAUGCUCAGAGCCAAGGCCACAGCAACCCUAACUAUGACGAAAAACGCUUUUAUUAGUACAAAAUCAGAAAGGUUGAUUAAACAAUGACAUUUUGUUGUUUUGAGUUUUUAAAUCUGUUUUCUAAUUACUGCACAUAAUGAAUCUUAAUGAACCGUAUGUCCUCUUUGACGUGUAGUGGGGAAUUGUAUUCUGACAAACUGCAGUAAAAGCUGUCAUAAACCAAUCUCGCCUGUUCUUGUCUAAAGCAU